UUUUGUUUAAAUUCUGUUGCAAAAUUAUUAAAGGAUAACCAGCGAGUGAAAAGUUUCGACGUUGAACAUAAACCUGGCUGGAGAGUGCUCGUGCUUGCAAUGGUUAUUCGGUCUAUAAGUCGCCGUGAACAUAACAGAAAAUAUUUCUAUUUUCUCUUGUUGUUGAUCCUUCUUGCAGUUAAUGUAAUCAAAUAUGCCUCGUUGGGCAAACAAAAUGGGAAACGCUUGGUUGAAUCACAAGUAAAAAAAGCAAAGAAUGGAAGGCAUAUAAAACUACUGUAUUGGUCUACGGUAUUUGGUAACAAAGUACAAAUAAACGAUGUGAGUAAACUGCCGUAUUUUCAUGUGAAUCAUCAAUGUAGUUCUUUUUGUGAACUGACUGUUAACAAAAGCCAGAGUAUGGAAGUUGAUGCAAUUAUCAUCCAUGUUAGAGAUGAAAGUCCAUUUCCUUCACCAGAGAAAUAUUCUCACAUUCCUUUUAUUCUACAUACAAAUGAAAAUCCAGCGUAUACAGAUUUAUUAAAGAAUCCACUGUUUCUUUCUCACUUUAAAUAUAUCCUCAGCUACAGACUGGACGCUGAUUUUCCAAUGUCCUUAUUCAAAAAGCCGGACUUGAGCACUCCGGUUCCUUUCAAAAGGAAAACUAAGCUAGUUUUUGCCGCAUUCUCACAUUGUGAAAGAUUCCGCACCUCUUACCUUGCAGAACUAAUGAACUACAUCUCAGUUGAUUCCUACGGCGCUUGUUUAAAGAACAAAAAUGGAUUAACCCGUCGAUAUGCAGAGGAUUUUAAGAAAGUGAAAAUAGAAAUAGCCAAAUACUAUAAGUUUACUCUGGUGUUCAUGAAUGCUGACUGUGAAUACUUUGUUGAUGAUCAACUAACACACGCGUUGACAGCAGGAUCAGUCCCGGUGUACAUGGGAACUGAAAAAAUAGACAUGUUUUUACCUGGCAACCUGAAUUCGUCAAUUAUCAAGGUCAGAGAUUUUAAAACGCCAAAGGAACUUGCAAUGUAUCUGAAAUAUCUCAGCACAAACGAACAUCAAUAUAAUAAAUAUUUAAGAUGGAAAUAUGAAGGCUUUAAAUUUCCUGCUAUCCCUCCCAGUAACGUGACAUCGAUUCUUCAUCAAUGGGAAUCUCCUGAUACCGUUUAUUGUAAAAUUUGUAAAAAAAUUCUUCAUGGGAAAACUCCAAAGUCGUCCCUAAAACCUGAUUCGUGCAACAAACGUACUGAUCCAAAUUUUGCCGUUUACUAAAAUCUUGCUUUUUAUUUAAUU